CUUUUUUUCCUAGAUGAGAGGGGAAGAAGAGGAGGGAAGGGUAGCUAAUGGCGUCGAUGUCAUGCUCGAAAUUUCAGGCACAAAUGUGCGAACUCUGAUUGCAUAAUUAACAUUCGCAUUUUAAAAAGCAACGGUCGGUGUUUGUUCAUUCCAAGGCAGUGCUGCAGGCUCACGUGCCUUGUGGACUUCAAGUGACCUCGUUGCCAUGCGGUUUGACGAUGUGGUGCAAGAGGUCAACCCGUUUGGUCCUUUCCAGAAACGCGUGUGUUGUCUUCUUUGUCUUCUCGCAAUACCCGGUACCAUUCAUAUCAUGGCAACGGUCUUCAUUAUGGCCGUCCCACACCAUAGGUGCGCUGUUCCUGGUCUGGACAAUGACACAUGGGAAAGCCAGGGCCCUGAACAUGAUCAAGUGGUCAGUCAGGUGAUACCUACUGAUCUUACCUCGAACACCUGGUCCAGGUGUCUCGUGCGCCGGUAUUCACACCCGGAUUUCCCGCACCUGUCCAACGACACGGUGGAAUGCUCGAGAUGGGUGUACAGCAAGGAGACCUUUGAGGCUACCCUCACUUCAGAGCUCAACAUCGUCUGCACCGACACACCAUUCGUGGCGAUGGCCAACUCAGUUUUGAUGGGCGGAUUUCUUUGUGGCUCCCUUGUCCUCGGAACAGUUGCAGACUUCAUUGGGAGGAAAAAGAUAGUAGUGAUCUGUCUUGUGGGGCAGAUUGGUGUGACUUUGGCUACAUCUUUCGUCUACAAUUUCGUCGUUUUUGUCAUCUGUCGCUUCUUCACGACCUUCUUCGUGAUAGGUAGUUAUCUAGCUGCCUUCGUCGCAGGUCUGGAACUUGUUGGACCCCAGUAUCGCACUGUGUCAGGCAUCGCGAUGGGGAUGUUCUGGACGAUUGGGUUAUUCUUCACACUGCUCCUCGCCUACUUCUUUAGAAACUGGUGCCACCUACAGCUAGCAGCAUCGUGCAUGAAUAUUCUUUGUAUUCCGAUCAUGUGGUUCAUCCCCGAGUCGCCCCGAUGGCUGGUGUCACGUGGUCGCAGACAGGAAGCGUCGGUCAUCGUGCGUCACGCGGCCCUCGUCAACAAAGUCGUCGUGUCUGAGAAUGUCCUCAGCCUGCAAGACCUGCAGAACGACGGUCCUCAGCUCAACGUCUGCCAGCUGUUCGCCUACCCACGACUGAUGCUCCGCUGCCUCAUCAUCUUCUUCAACUGGGGCGUCAUCAGCGGCGUGUACUACGGCCUGGGCCUGAACGUGGGUAGUCUUUCUGGCGACCUUCACCUCAACUUCCUGUUCGCCGCCAUGGCGGAGUUGCUGGCCGACGUCUUCUGCCUCGUGCUGCUGGGCCGCACGGGCCGCCGCCUGCUGCACUGCGUCACCAUGCUGCUAGCGGGCACUGCCUGCCUGGCCAUCAUCUUCCCUGUCCUGUACGGUAACCAAGACACAAUGUGGACGGCCACAGUUUUGUCUAUGGUCGGGAGGUUUGGCAUCUCUGCUGCUUUCUCCAUCAUUUAUGUCUUCACUGCCGAACUCCUCCCAACAUCGGUUCGAAACUCGGGCAUGGGAGUGAGCUCCCUGAACGCUCGUUUUGGAGGAAUUGCUUCUCCUUAUAUCACAUCCUUGGUUUUUUACGUUGGAGGUAAUUUUGGAAAAGCGCUGCCGUCACUCAUUUUCGGAGGACUGUCCAUCCUGGCUGGUCUGGCCUCCCUAUGGCUACCAGAGACGUACCUCCAAGAUUUACCGGAAACUGUUGAAGAUGCCAAUAAUUUUGGAAGGAAAACUGGAAGGACGACCACGGAGCAGGGCAGCCUCAAGGUCUAAAUACGGAAACCUACUGACCUGAAAUCCUACAGCCACUGGAUUUGUGAAGGAAAGAAGGAAAGAAGGAAGGGCACUCUUGUGCCUUUUGUGGCCUGUCAAAGUGAUACUGUCUAUUCAAAGUGCUAAUACAAAUUAAUGUAUAUUGUAUUAAUAUUGUAUAUUGUAUUAAAUCAGAGCAAAGUAAAGGUUAUGAUAAAGA